AUGACAGACAGUAUCCGCUCACUUUCAUUCUACGAUAUCAUCAACAAGGCCGAUACGCGCUAUGAACAACUAGCAGCAAGUCUCACACAGCAAGAAAACGACGCGGCUGAUGAAAGGCUUAAGCUCAAUAGCAUUAUUCAACAAGUCAAAACGGAAAAACAACGGGCAUUCGAUGAAGUUCGACGGCUGAGAGUAGAGACAUCCCGUCUUCAGAAGCAAUUGGAUGAAGUCAAUUCAACCCCCCAAGAUCAUGUCCCCGGACCGACUUGA